AUGGCUAAAAUCAGCAACAUCCACGAGCAAUCACACAAGCCUCACCGCUUACGCCAAGCGGGCCCAUCAAAAAACACAAAGAAGAAGAAACAACACGGCGGCGAAGAUGAAAAAAGCGCAACCCUAAGAUCGUCGGUGAAAGCGAAGAAAUUGCAGUCAAGAUCAGUAGAGAAAGAGCAGAGGAAACUUCAUGUGCCUACUAUUGAGAGGAAUUAUGGUGAACCGCCUCCUUUUGUUGUUGUUGUGCAUGGUCCGCCCCAGGUUGGGAAGUCUCUGCUGAUAAAAUGUCUUGUGAAGCAUUAUACAAAGCAUCAUCUCCAGGACGUUCAAGGACCCAUUACUAUUGUAUCAGGUAAGAAAAGGCGGGUUCAAUUUGUGGAGUGCCCAAAUGACAUCAAUGGCAUGAUUGAUGCUGCAAAGUUUGCUGAUCUGGCUUUGCUUCUGAUAGAUGGAAGUUAUGGUUUUGAAAUGGAGACUUUUGAAUUUCUUAAUAUUUUGCAAGUUCAUGGAUUUCCAAAAAUUAUGGGCGUCCUUACUCACCUUGACAAGUUCAAGGAUGUGAAAAAACUGAAAAAAACAAAACAGCGACUUAAGCAUCGUUUCUGGACUGAAAUAUAUGACGGGGCAAAGCUGUUCUAUUUGUCUGGCCUUAUUAAUGGCAAGUAUGUUAAACGAGAGGUUCACAACCUUGCACGAUUUAUUUCUGUUAUGAAGUUCCAUCCUCUGUCUUGGAGAACUUCUCAUCCUUAUGUUUUGGUGGAUCGUUUUGAAGAUGUUACUCCUCCUGAAAGAGUGCGCGUGAACAAUAAAUGUGAUAGAAAUGUCACACUUUAUGGUUAUCUACGUGGUUGUAAUUUGAAAAAAGGCACCAAGGUGCAUAUCGCUGGUGUUGGAGAUUACGAUUUGGCUGGUGUUACAGCCUUGGCUGAUCCUUGUCCUCUACCAUCAGCUGCCAAAAAGAAAGGAUUGCGUGACAAGGAAAAAUUAUUUUAUGCACCCAUGUCUGGCCUCGGCGAUCUGGUUUAUGACAAGGAUGCUGUCUACAUAAACAUAAAUGACCACUUUGUUCAGUAUUCAAAUGUCGAUAAUAAGAAUGAGGGAAUGACAAGCAAAGGAAAGGACCUAGAUGUAGGUGAGGCUUUGGUGAAGUCAUUACAGAAUACAAAAUAUUCAAUUGAUGAGAAGUUAGAUAAGAGCUCUAUUAGCUAUUUCAGUCGGAAUGCUAAUAUCUCAUCUGAAGCUCAGAAUGAUGCGCAAGGUAAUCAUGAAGCUCUAGAGCAGUCACACAGUCUAGAACCUAACAUCUUAGGUGAAGAAACAGAUGCUGAAGAUCUUGAUAGUUCUGAGUCUUCAGACCAAGAUGAAGCUGCUCAAAAAGAUGCUGUGGUAAACGGAGAAAGUGGUAAUUCUGAUGAAGAAUAUGGCAAUCCUAAAGAACAAGUUGAGUUUCAUGAGGGAAGGUUGAGGAGAAAAGCAAUGUUUGGAAAUGACAUUGAUGAUAAGGAUCUGAAGGAUUCUGAUGAAGGGAGUGAAGAUGAUGAUGAUGUAGAUGAUCAAUCAUUUUCUGAUUCAGAGUUUUCAGAGGAAAAUGGAGAUGAUCUUGAAAGAAAUGAGGAGGAUGUGGGAAAUGUAUCAAAAUGGAAAGAGUCAUUGGUGGAGAGGACUAUUCCAAAACAGAAUACCAAUCUCAUGCAACUUGUGUAUGGAAAAUCGGCACCCAGUCCCAUUAACGAAGGGCAGGCUGACAGCGAGGAUGAUGAAAGUGAUGAUGAAUUUUUUAAGCUAAAAGGAGAAGGGAAUAAGAAAUCAAGAGAAGGAUUUGAUGUUGAAAAUGUUGAUGCUGAUGAGUGUUCAAAAUUUACGAACUAUUCAGAUCUCAAAAAGUGGAUAAAUGAAGAGAUAUGUGAAAGUAUUCGUGAUCGUUUUGUCACUGGCGAUUGGUCAAAAGCUGCUCAAAGGAAUCAGCUCUCUACAGCUACUGUUGUAGAUGAUGAGGAUUCCGUUUCUGGGGACUUUGAGGACUUGGAAACUGGUGAAAAGCAUGGGAGCCAUCAGAGAGAAGAAUCUGGCAAUGGCGCAAUGCAGGAAGAAGACGAAUUGGAAGAAGGGCAGCGGAGGCUGAAAAAGCUUGCUCUUCGUGCUAAAUUCGAUGCUCAAUAUCCUUUUCCAGUCAAAUUAUUUCACUACAGUUAUGAAGAAGUUGAUGAGAAAAAUGAAGCCAAGUUUCACCGAGGUCAAGCCAAUGAAAGUGGUUAUUUUGACAAGUUGAAGGAGGAGAUUGAGAUCCGCAAACAAAGGAAUAUAGCUGAACUCAACGAUCUUGAUGAGGAAAUUCGUUUAGAGAUAGAGGGUUUUCAAACCGGGACUUACCUAAGGUUGGAGCUUCAUGAUGUUCCCUUCGAAAUGGUUGAGCAUUUUGAUCCCUGUGACCCAAUUCUGGUUGGUGGAAUUGGACUUGGUGAGGAAAAUGUUGGAUAUAUGCAGGCCCGGCUAAAACGACAUAGAUGGCACCGGAAGGUCCUGAAGACUAAAGACCCUGUAAUUUUAUCUAUUGGUUGGAGGCGAUACCAAACUACCCCGAUCUAUGCCAUUGAGGAUCGCAAUGGAAGGCAUCGCAUGCUCAAGUACACUCCAGAGCAUAUGCAUUGCCUUGCUACAUUCUGGGGCCCACUUGCCCCUCCUAACACUGGAGUGGUUGCUGUCCAGAAUUUAGCAAACAAUCAGGCAUCAUUCCGGGUCACAGCAACUGCAGUUGUACUUGAGUUCAACCAUGCAGCAAAGAUUGUGAAGAAAGUCAAGCUGGUUGGCCAUCCAUGUAAAAUCUUCAAGAAGACCGCACUUAUCAUGAAUAUGUUUACUUCAGAUCUUGAAGUAGCUAGGUUUGAAGGUGCUGCUGUUCGAACUGUCAGUGGGAUCAGGGGGCAGGUGAAAAAGGCUGCAAAAGAAGAGAUUGGUAACCAUCCCACGAAGAAGGGAGGGGCACCAAGAGAAGGGAUUGCCCGGUGCACUUUUGAGGACAGAAUUCUGAUGAGUGACAUUGUUUUCUUGCGAGCUUGGACUCAAGUUGAAGUUCCUAACUUUUAUAACCCACUGACCACUGCCUUGCAACCUCGUAAUAAGACCUGGCAAGGGAUGAAAACUAUGGCUGAAUUGAGGAGGGAACACAAUCUUCCCAUUCCUGUUAAUAAGGAUUCACUGUACAAGCCAAUUGAAAGGAAGCCAAAGAAGUUCAAUCCAUUGGUGAUUCCCAAAUCACUACAAGCAGCUCUUCCAUUUGAAUCCAAACCCAAGAACAUACCCAGUAGGAGACGGCCCACACUUGAAAGGAGAAGAGCUGUCGUUAUGGAGUCUGAUGAACGAAGAGUCCACGCUCUUGUUCAACAACUUCGAUUGAUCACGAAUGACAAGGUGCUUAACUCUCUAAAAAAUGUGGCGUUGCAGAUGAAGAAGCGAAAGCUUAAGAAAGAGCAGGAAAGAAAGAAACUUGAAGCAGAGAAAGCCAAGGAUGAGGAACUGUCUAAAAAGCGCAAGAGGGAAAUAAGACGGGAAAGGUAUCGGGUGCAAGAAAAAUUAAAGAAGAAACCACGGAGAAAUUCAGAUGCCUGA